GGUAAUGUGGCAACAAGGGUGGUCCUACUGCUGAGUCACGCCCUCACCUGUGGAUACUGUGUUAGGAUCCAGCCCUCAAAGGUGACUGGUGCUGUAGGGAAGAAGGACAUUUCUAUUGGACAGCAGCAGCUGUUAAUCACACCCACUCCCUGCUCUGGUCAGUAUUAAUACCAUCUGUGACAAAGAACAUUUCUGGUAUUUUACUAGGCUCUGUUCUUAGUAGUGUUUAGUAUCCCUAGAAAUUUCUUGAGAUCCUUUCCAGCUAAAUCUUCCAGAUAGAAGAAUGGAGUCCCAGGUGCGCCAGAACUUCCAUCCUGAAUGUGAAGCUGCUGUCAACAGCAUGGUAAACCUGGAGCUGUAUGCCGGCUAUGUUUACUUGUCCAUGUCCUACUACUUCGACCGUGAUGAUGUGGCCCUGAAGCAUGUGGCCCAGUUCCUGAAGGAGCAGUCCCAUGAGGAGCGGGAGCAUACAGAGAAGUUCCUGAAAUACCAGAACAAGCGAGGGGGCCGCAUUGUCCUACAGGACAUCAAGAAGCCAGAGCGGGAUGAGUGGGGGAACAGCCUGGAGGCCUUGCAGUGUGCCCUGCAGCUGGAGAAGACUCUGAACCAGGCGCUACUGGACCUGCACAAGCUGGCUAUGGAGAGGAAUGACCCCCAUUUAUGUGACUUCUUGGAGUCUGAGUACCUGGAGGAGCAGGUGAAGGCCAUCAAGCAGCUGGGAGACCAUGUCACCAACCUGAAGCGCCUGGAAGUGCCCCAGAAUGGCAUGGGAGAGUACCUGUUCGACAAGCACACCCUGCGGGAGAGCAGCUGAGCUCCCUACUAGGGACCUGACCCAUAGUGUAGAUCAUGAUGUCAUAGCUGCAUUACUCUGGAUAUAGAUCAGAAAAUAGAUGCCUUGUCUUACCUAAAUACCAAGAAUAAAAUCUCUGCUUUCUGGUGUAA